AUGUCCGUCGCGGACGAGGUUGAUGGACUGGGCGUGGCUCGGCCGCACUAUGGCUCUGUCCUGGAUAAUGAGAGACUCACUGCAGAGGAGAUGGAUGAAAGGAGACGUCAGAAUGUGGCUUAUGAGUACCUUUGUCAUUUGGAAGAGGCCAAAAGGUGGAUGGAAGCAUGCCUAGGAGAGGAUUUGCCACCCACCACAGAACUGGAGGAAGGGCUUCGGAAUGGGGUCUACCUUGCCAAACUAGGAAACUUCUUCUCUCCGAAAGUGGUGUCUUUGAAAAAAAUCUAUGAUCGAGAGCAGACCAGAUACAAGGCAACUGGCCUACACUUUAGACACACUGAUAAUGUAAUUCAGUGGUUGAAUGCCAUGGAUGAUAUUGGAUUGCCUAAGAUUUUUUACCCAGAAACCACAGAUAUCUAUGAUCGAAAGAACAUGCCAAAAUGUAUCUACUGUAUUCAUGCACUCAGUUUGUACCUGUUUAAACUAGGCCUGGCUCCUCAGAUUCAAGACCUUUAUGGAAAAGUUGACUUCACAGAAGAAGAAAUCAACAACAUGAAGAUUGAACUAGAGAAGUAUGGGAUCCAGAUGCCUGCCUUCAGCAAGAUUGGGGGCAUCCUGGCUAAUGAACUGUCUGUGGAUGAAGCUGCAUUACAUGCUGCUGUUAUUGCUAUUAAUGAAGCUAUUGAUCGUAGAAUUCCAGCUGACACGUUUGCAGCUUUGAAAAACCCCAACGCAAUGCUUGUAAAUCUUGAAGAGCCUCUGGCUUCUACUUACCAGGACAUACUUUAUCAGGCCAAGCAAGACAAAAUGACAAAUGCUAAAAACAGGACAGAAAACUCCGAGAGAGAAAGGGAUGUUUAUGAGGAGCUACUCACUCAAGCUGAAAUUCAAGGCAAUGUAAAUAAAGUCAACACAUUUUCUGCAUUAGCAAAUAUUGACCUGGCUUUAGAGCAGGGAGAUGCCCUGGCCUUGUUCAAGACUCUGCAGUCUCCUGCUCUGGGUCUUCGAGGACUCCAGCAACAGAACAGUGACUGGUACUUCAAGCAGCUCCUCAGUGAUAAGCAGCAGAAGAGACAGAGUGGUCAUACUGAUCCCCUGCAAAAAGAGGAGCUGCAGUCUGGAGUAGAUGCUGCAAACAUUGCUGCCCAGCAAUAUCAGAGAAGAUUGGCAGCAGUGGCAGCAAUUAAUGCUGCAAUCCAGAAGGGUGUUGCUGAGAAGACUGUUUUGGAACUAAUGAAUCAUGAAGCACAGCUGCCCCAGGUGUAUCCAUUUGCUGCUGAUCUUUAUCAGAAGGAACUUGCUACUCUGCAGCAACAGAGUCCUGAACAUAACCUCACCCAUCCAGAGCUCUCUGUUGCUGUGGAGAUGCUAUCAUCAGUGGCCCUAAUCAACAGGGCACUGGAAUCGGGAGACAUUGGUACAGUGUGGAAGCAAUUGAGCAGUUCAGUUACAGGCCUUACCAACAUUGAGGAAGAAAACUGUCAGAGGUAUCUCGAUGAGUUGAUGAAACUGAAAGCUCAGGCACAUGCAGAGAAUAAUGAAUUCAUCACAUGGAAUGAUAUCCAAGCUUGUGUGGACCAUGUGAACCUGGUGGUACAAGAGGAACAUGAACGGAUUUUGGCCAUUGGUUUAAUUAAUGAAGCCCUGGAUGAAGGUGAUGCCCAAAAAACUCUGCAGGCCCUGCAAAUUCCUGCAGCUAAACUUGAAGGAGUUCUUGCAGAAGUAGCCCAGCAUUACCAAGAUACACUGAUUAGAGCAAAGAGAGAAAAGGCCCAGGAAACCCAGGAUGAGUCAGCUGUGUUAUGGUUGGAUGAAAUUCAAGGUGGAAUUUGGCAGUCCAACAAAGACACCCAAGAAGCACAGAAGUUUGCCUUAGGAAUCUUUGCCAUUAAUGAGGCAGUAGAAAGUGGUGAUGUUGGCAAAACACUGAGUGCCCUUCGUUCCCCUGAUGUUGGCUUGUAUGGAGUCAUCCCUGAGUGUGGUGAAACUUACAAGAGUGACCUUGCCGAAGUCAAGAAGAAAAAACUGUCAGCAGGAGAUAAUAAUAGCAAGUGGGUGAAGCAUUGGGUAAAAGGCGGAUAUUAUUAUUACCACAAUCUGGAGACCCGGGAAGGAGGAUGGGAUGAACCCUCAGACUUUGUGCAAAAUUCUGUGCAGCUUUCUCGGGAAGAGAUCCAGAGUUCCAUCUCUGGGGUGACUGCUGCGUACAACCGAGAACAGCUUUGGUUGGCCAAUGAAGGCUUGAUCACCAAGCUGCAAGCUUGCUGCCGUGGCUACUUAGUUCGACAGGAAUUCCGGUCCAGAAUGAAUUUCCUGAAGAAACAAAUUCCUGCCAUCACCUGCAUCCAGUCACAGUGGAGAGGAUACAAGCAGAAGAAGGCAUAUCAAGAUCGUUUAGCUUACCUGCGCUCCCAUAAAGAUGAAGUUGUGAAGAUUCAGUCCCUGGCAAGGAUGCAUCAAGCUAGAAAGCGCUAUAGAGAUCGCCUACAGUAUUUCCGAGACCAUAUAAAUGACAUUAUCAAAAUCCAGGCUUUUAUUCGGGCAAACAAAGCUCGUGAUGACUACAAGACUCUCAUCAAUGCUGAGGAUCCUCCUAUGAUUGUGGUUCGAAAAUUUGUCCACCUACUGGACCAAAGUGACCAGGAUUUUCAGGAGGAGCUUGAUCUUAUGAAGAUGCGGGAAGAAGUCAUCACCCUCAUUCGUUCCAACCAGCAACUAGAGAAUGACCUCAAUCUCAUGGAUAUCAAAAUUGGACUGCUAGUGAAAAAUAAAAUUACAUUGCAGGAUGUGGUUUCCCACAGUAAAAAGCUUACCAAAAAAAAUAAGGAACAGUUGUCUGAUAUGAUGAUGAUAAAUAAACAGAAGGGAGGUCUCAAGGCUUUGAGCAAGGAGAAGAGAGAGAAGUUAGAAGCUUAUCAGCACCUGUUUUAUUUACUGCAGACCAACCCCACCUAUCUGGCCAAGCUGAUUUUUCAGAUGCCCCAGAACAAGUCCACAAAGUUCAUGGACUCUGUAAUCUUCACACUCUACAACUAUGCAUCCAAUCAGCGAGAGGAGUACCUGCUACUGCGACUGUUUAAGACAGCUCUCCAGGAGGAGAUCAAGUCAAAGGUAGAUCAGAUUCAAGAGAUUGUGACAGGAAAUCCUACAGUUAUUAAGAUGGUUGUAAGUUUCAACCGUGGUGCCCGGGGCCAGAAUGCACUGAGACAGAUCUUGGCCCCUGUCGUGAAAGAGAUUAUGGAUGACAAAUCUCUCAACAUCAAAACUGACCCUGUGGACAUCUACAAAUCUUGGGUUAACCAGAUGGAGUCCCAGACAGGAGAGGCAAGCAAACUGCCCUAUGAUGUGACCCCUGAGCAGGCUCUGGCUCAUGAAGAAGUGAAGACAAGGCUAGACAACUCUAUUAGGAACAUGAGGGCUGUGACAGACAAGUUCCUCUCAGCCAUCAUCAGCUCUGUCGACAAAAUCCCUUAUGGGAUGCGCUUCAUUGCCAAAGUGCUGAAAGACUCCUUGCAUGAGAAGUUUCCUGAUGCUGGUGAGGACGAGCUGCUGAAGAUUAUUGGUAACUUGCUUUACUACCGAUACAUGAAUCCAGCCAUUGUUGCUCCUGAUGCCUUUGACAUCAUUGACCUGUCGGCAGGAGGCCAACUUACCACUGACCAACGCCGAAAUCUGGGCUCCAUUGCAAAGAUGCUCCAACAUGCAGCUUCCAAUAAGAUGUUCCUGGGAGAUAAUGCCCACUUAAGCAUCAUUAAUGAGUAUCUUUCCCAGUCCUACCAGAAAUUCAGACGAUUUUUCCAAACUGCUUGUGAUGUCCCAGAGCUGCAGGAUAAAUUUAAUGUGGAUGAGUAUUCUGAUUUAGUAACCCUCACCAAACCAGUUAUCUACAUUUCCAUUGGUGAAAUCAUCAACACCCACACUCUCCUGUUAGACCACCAGGAUGCCAUUGCUCCAGAGCACAAUGAUCCAAUCCAUGAACUGCUGGACGACCUUGGAGAGGUGCCCACCAUUGAGUCCCUGAUAGGGGAAAGCGCUGGCAAUUUAAAUGACCCAAAUAAGGAGGCACUGGCUAAGACAGAAGUGUCUCUCACAUUGACUAAUAAGUUUGAUGUGCCUGGAGAUGAGAAUGCAGAAAUGGAUGCUCGGACCAUCUUAUUGAACACAAAACGUUUAAUCGUGGAUGUCAUCCGAUUCCAGCCAGGAGAGACCUUAACUGAAAUCCUAGAAAUACCAGCCACCAGUGAACAGGAAGCAGAACAUCAGAGGGCCAUGCAGAGACGGGCUAUUCGUGAUGCUAAAACUCCUGAUAAGAUGAAAAAGUCAAAGACUGUGAAGGAAGACAACAACCUCACUCUCCAGGAGAAGAAAGAGAAGAUCCAGACAGGCUUAAAGAAGCUAACGGAACUUGGAACUGUGAACCCAAAGAACAAAUACCAGGAACUGAUUAACGACAUUGCCAGGGACAUUCGGAAUCAGCGGAGAUACCGACAAAGGAGAAAGGCCGAACUGGUGAAAUUGCAACAAACAUAUGCUGCUCUGAAUUCUAAAGCCACCUUUUAUGGGGAGCAGGUGGAUUACUAUAAAAGCUAUAUCAAAACCUGCUUGGAUAACUUAGCCAGCAAGGGCAAAGUCUCCAAAAAGCCUAGGGAAAUGAAGGGAAAGAAAAGCAAAAAGAUCUCUCUGAAAUAUACAGCAGCCAGACUUCAUGAAAAAGGAGUUCUUCUGGAGAUUGAGGACCUACAAGUGAAUCAGUUUAAAAAUGUUAUCUUUGAAAUCAAUCCAACAGAAGAAGUUGGAGACUUUGAAGUGAAAGCCAAAUUCAUGGGCGUUCAAAUGGAGACAUUUAUGCUACACUAUCAGGACCUGCUGCAGCUACAGUAUGAAGGAGUUGCCGUUAUGAAAUUAUUUGAUAGAGCUAAAGUAAAUGUCAACCUCCUGAUCUUCCUUCUCAACAAAAAGUUCUACGGGAAGUAAUUGAUCGUUUGCUGCCAGCCCAGAAGGGUGAAGGAAAGAAACACCUCACCGCUUCUUUCUAGGAUCCUUCUUUACUCGUUGGAAGCAGAGGCUCACCCCACAAUGAUGCCCCACUUCAGUACUCUCCCAAUGCCCCAUUUUAUCUUCUUUCACUCUAAGAGACAUUUGUUGCCCAUUUUUUCAUAGUGAAAUUGUAUUUCAUACUUAGUAUGACCCUUCUGCUUCCUUUGUUUUCUUUCAUCAUUUAGGAAAGAGUGGAAACUCCACCAAAAUCCCUUGCUGUUGUUAUAGCCUUUGAAGUGGUAUUACUAUUUUGUAAGCUUUGGUGUUUGUUUUACUUAGUAAUAAGGAUAGUGGAGUUCAAAUUAUUGUUAUUUAGAAGUGGAAUUAGCAUCAAUAACAGGUACAUAUAACAUACACAAAAUGUCAGGUUAUCAACAGUUAUUAGGUUGUCAUUUAAAAGUGAAGCUCUCUCCUGGGCAUGGCGGUGCACGUCUUAAUCCUAGCAACUUGGGAGGCUAAGGCAGGAGGAUCACAAGUUGGAGGACAGCCUCAGCAAUUCAGUGAAACCCUGUCUGUAAAUAAUAUACAAAAUAGGGCUGGGGAUGUGGCUCAGUGGUAAAAUCCCUGGGUUCAAUCCCCAGUAGUACCAAAAAAAAGAAAAAAAGAAAAGUAAGGCUCCUUUAUAUUUCUGUCCUACCAGUAAAAUCAAAGGAUAUAGGGGAUCAUUGAUUCUCUUCCAUUCUUUUUUUCUUUGUAGGCAGGAGCUAAUACAAAUUACUGUUCUCUGUUCAAAUAAAACAGAUUUAGAAAAAAAAUAUUGUGUUUAAACUUCACUAUCAAAUUUGGGCAACGUUGUUAGUACAACCCCUUCUCCAUUGGAUGAGAGAGUCCCACUGAUAAUGUUCAGCUGUCUAAGUAGACGCAGAGUGGGCUGAGUGCCCACCUGUGUACACCCAUGUGCAGAGAUUAACUAAUUCAAAGUCUUCUCCAUCUGAAAAGAAUGGGUUAGCCUUAGGGUAGAAGGUAAUUAUUUUUUAAACUGUUUUGUCUUCAGAGUGCCUUAUUAAAGCAUAGAUUUAUUUCUUAAAAUGUGAGUGAUAGGAAUUUUAAAGAUUUAUAUAAUGCUUCAAAAGUCUUUGGAAUACUCUUGAGAAAAGGUUUUUUAAAAUCGUUUUAUCUGUAUAUCUGAACUCUUGAAACUUUCUUAUAGCUAAAACACUAGGUUUUAUCUGCAGUAUUGCAGAGAGAUAAUCCUGCCUUAAAUAGCCAAAACAAAAACCAGCAAACCUAUAUUAUACUUGAGAUUAAAAUAAAAUUUUCUUCCCAUUUCUUUCUCUUCUCUUGCUGUUGACAAUUGUGCCUUUAUUUUAUGAACCCCAAUUUUCUAGGCUUAGUUAAAACCAAUUCAAUUCUAAACAUUGAGUUUAGGAAGCUUUUGGUUCUUGGAUAAAAAGUCAUAAGUGCUACCCCCCCCCCUUUAAUCUGUUUAUCCUGAAAAAAUAUUGAAAUCAUGCUACUGAGCCUCCCAAUUUUUUCUGAAGUUUUGGUUCAGUAUUUUUUUUAAUCAUAAAACAUAUUAUGAACUAACAUUUAAAAUUUUACUUAUGUAUAUUUAAGGCCAAUAAACUGUUUUGAUGAAUAGAAAGUUAUGUGGUGUGUCCCUAUGACAAAUGUUAAGUCUUGGAUAAGUGUUUUGCAUGAUAGGCUGUCUGCAGCCUGGGUGCAGCCCACAGGGAAGUGUACAGUGGAAGGAUUUGCCACUUGCCCUGUCCUUGUUUUUGGAAGACAAUUUUUUUAGCAAAUGUUUUCCUCAGAUGAAAAGAAGAUGCUCUUACAACCAGCAUCACCUCAAAAACUGGAACUAAAAAAGCGUGUCAACCCUGUUUCCUUAAAAGAGGAUACCCAUCCCAAAUUCGUCCCAAAACCUGCUUCCAAGACAGGAAUGAACAAAGUUUACAACUCCUUUAAUAAAAUAGGAUAACUCAAUUAUUUUAAAUAUUUUGUUCCCAAAAUAGCAAUUUCUAAUGCAAAGUAACCCAAAUGCACUUCAGGAGUUUUGGUGCCAGAUGUGUAGAAUUACUGUUUUAAUAGCACAGGUAUCACUCCAAGCUCUGAAGUCGCAACACUGACACCAUGUAGCACUUUUAUUUUAUUAGCGAUAGCGUUCCCUGUCUCAUCUCACUUUUUCUUUGACCUUCUCUUUGACCAACCAUCAUGACAUUUACCAUGAAUUUACUUCCUCCCAAGAAUUUGAACUGCCCAUCAGAUUGUUGCUACACACAAUUGCCUUUGUAUCUCUGUAUGAAAUAAAAGGUCAUUUGUUCCUGUUUA